GUUAGUCGCGUCUUGGGUUCAGACAGCUGAGCAUCGACACACAGUACCGGAUCAAAAAUAUUCAAGAUGCUGACGACAUCGUCACGCCCAAAGCUCUGGUGCUGGAUAUUUUUCUUGGCGAUCCAAGCAUGUGCUCAGAAUUACGCGACGGGUUAUCAGACAUCAGACAACACGGGUUACUGUCCGCCCAGAUAUCAGAAUGUCAAUGGCUAUUGCCUGAGCUCAUUGAAUUGUCCCGCGGGUUAUAACCUGGGCACAGAUGGACUGUGCUAUCCGCAAAAUGCUUUAGUAUGUCCCACGGGCUACUACCUGAACACAGAUGGAAAGUGUUAUUUGAAGGAUCCGUUGCCCUGUCCGUUUGAGUCCACAACAGUCAUUCCUCCGGUCACGACCCAACCCGCAACGACAACAACUACAGAAGAACCCUCAACAACAACCACAGAGGAACCGACGACAACAACUACAGAAGAACCCUCAACAACAACCACAGAGGAACCGACGACAACAACCACGGAACCAACACCACCUCCGGUUCCACCAACAGUUGAACGUCCAGUCGAACUUGCGCGCUGUCCGCCCGGCUCGAUCUUCUUCGAGGAGCAAUGCCGGAGGAUUGUCUGCACGGAUGGUGAAUACUACGCAGGGCGCUGCCUGUUGCCGGCUUGUCCGGCUGGCACCGUGUGGCAUGGUGGGAGCUGCCAGGAGCCGGGGUAUAUAACCACUAUACUGGAGAUCGACAAUGUGAUCCGGAACCAGCACGAGUAUACGGUGGCCACCGAGAACAUUAACCGUGUGGAGUACUCCACACUCCCCCCAUACGAUGAGGCGUACGACAAGAGCUACGAUGUCACCACCAGGCAUGAGGAAUCCAACGAUAUAAUAGCAACAACCACAAAGAGACCAUGGCUUUAUCCUACAGGGCAACCAAAGACUAUGGCGCUUCGGCCGACAUCCGAAGUCUUUCCGGGCCGGAAUCCUCCGCCGGGCUGCUGUUUGGUAAAGAGUCCCCGGAUCUGCACCAACUACGCGCCCAACUGGGUCUGCUCCAGCCGGGAGCGUAAGUUGUGCGAUCCCCGGGUCUGCACCCAUUCGGUGAUCUAUCUCAAGCCGCCGCAGAUUUUCGAGAGCGAGAACCGACGACGCCUCGUGAUGCCGCCCAAUCCUCCGCUGCAGGCCUGCAGUACGCCCGAGUGCAAGGAGAGCGAAUUCCUGGACUGCUCUGGCUGCAAGCACGACCAGCGGGACAAAUGCUCACCGGGCUGCUACAGCUACUACUGUCCCAACGGCAGCUGCUCCUUCAUGAACUCCCAGGACUAUUGCGGCAUCUAUCCCAGCGGAUUCGGCUGUAACGCCGACGAUGGUUGCAUCUGGGACUGGUGCCACAAGAAGUGCUAUUAAACGAUCAGCCAACGGGCUGAUCCAAAUAAAUGUUUCCAUCUAUCUAAUCUAUAAAUGAGAAGUAAAAUGAGAAUAAAAUAGUGUUCCGAGUGUUGCAACAAUAAAAUAUGCCAUUUAUUUUCUGU